AGAUGCACCCGAGCGAUUCCAGUGGGUAUAAAUAUCAACCGAUGCCAACGACUAAACAUCAUCAGUUCAACAAGUUCUCUUCUAGCUUCAGCAAGCCACCAACCAAACCCAAAACUUCAAAAUGUUCGCCAAAGUGAUUGUCCUCGCUGCCGUUGCCAUCGUUUGCGCUAACGGAAAGCCGCUGGUCGCCGCUCCGGUCGUGGCCGCUGCUCCAGCUGUAGUGACUGCCCAGAGCUCUCAGGUCAUCGCUCGUAACUAUAACGGAAUCGCUGCGGCUUACACUGCCCCAUUGGCUGCUGCUUACACCGCUGCUCCGGUUGCCGCUGCUUACACCGCUGCUCCGGUUGCUGCUGCUUACACUGCUCCUGUGGCCGCCGCUGCCUACAAUGCUGCGUUUGCCCCAGCUGCUUACACUGCUGCCGCUUACACUUCUCCAUUUGCUCCAGCUGCCUACACCGCUGCUGGUGCUCCUCUGGCUGCGGCUGCCUAUACCGCUGCCCCUGUUGCCGCUGCCUACAGUGCCUAUCCUUAUGUCUUCUAAACAGGAACAUUUCUUCCCUUUUGAAUAAACCUCGCUUUUGCAAACGUA